AUGCCAGGGAUCUUUCAGGAUCUGCAGCCCUGCCUGGACCAGGGAAAGAAGGCCCACGAGGAGAUCCAGAAAAAGCAUGGGCCGGAUUCAGCGGCCAAGAUUGAGGGGCACUGCACUUUCGUGUGGGACUGGGUCCGGGAAGAGAUGCCUCUCGAGAACGAUGAGGGCACCGCUCUAGAAGAGUCAGUUCGCGAAAUCGUCGCGAACUCCUGCUGCCAGUACGCCUGCCGCAUUUUGCAAGGUUUGAGCGUCAUCACUCGUCAUGCGGUGAGUGGAGUGCACCGGAGUGUUGCGGAGGUGGAGCUCUUGUCGCACCUGGCCGUUCUUUUGGCGCCGCACCAGCCGAUCGCGGAGCUAUUUCGUGAUUUUUGCGUCGAGCCAUCGGAGAACUGGGCAUCAAGCCGUUUGAGCCCGGACUUGGCUGUGCCUGGCGUUUUGACGAAGAAGGAGGCCGUGUUGUUCGUGGAAUAUGAUGGCUACUACCGGCAUCAGCUACCCUCCGGGAUUGUCGCAGACGAGCGCAAGAACGCAGCCUUACUGCAAUAUGCGCCAGCGGGCUCGCGAAUUGUCAGGGUGGCCCAUGCCGAGCGGAAUGUGUCCGGAGGUGACGACAGAGCAGCCGAAGUUGUGGUGAGUACUUGGCAGCCAGGUCACCAAGCUGGCUGCGUGGAUCUGGAGCCUGCAAGGUCUUUCGUGCAGGAAGUUAUACUCUCAAGUGGAGGUGGGACAAGAGAGAGCAGAAGGGCUCGGGUCCUUGCAUUUCUUGAAAAGAACAUCGCUUUGCCAGAGGCUGUGGCUGAGAAAGCAUUGCAGAAGUUCACCACGCUGCUUGGGCACAGCAUCGAGGCGAAAUUGAAACCCACUGUGGAGUGGCUGCAUGUAGUGGGUCUGAGCAAGGUCCAGGUGUCCAAGGCCAUCGCCACUCAUCCUCAGUUGCUUGGGUACAGCAUUGCGGCAAACUUGAAACCGACUGUGGAGUGGCUGCACGAAGUGGGUCUGAGCAAGGGCCAGGUGUCCAAGGUCAUUGCGAGCUUUGCUCCGCUGCUUGGGUACAGCAUUGAGGCAAACUUGAUACCCACUGUGGAGUGGCUGCACGAAGUGGGUCUGAGCAAGGUCCAGGUGUCCAAGGCCAUCGCCAUUCAUCCUCAGUUGCUUGGGUACAGCAUCGAGGCGAAAUUGAAACCCACUGUGGAGUGGCUGCAUGUAGUGGGUCUGAGCAAGGUCCAGGUGUCCAAGGCCAUCGCCACUCAUCCUCAGUUGCUUGGGUACAGCAUUGCGGCAAACUUGAAACCGACUGUGGAGUGGCUGCACGAAGUGGGUCUGAGCAAGGGCCAGGUGUCCAAGGUCAUUGCGAGCUUUGCUCCGUUGCUUGGGUACAGCAUUGCGGCAAACUUGAAACCGACAGUGGAGUGGCUGCACGAAGUGGGUCUGAGCAAGGGCCAGGUGUCCAAGGUCAUUGCGAGCUUUGCUCCGUUGCUUGGGUACAGCAUUGAGGCAAACUUGAAACCCACUGAGUGGCUGCACGAAGUGGGUCUGAGCAAGGUCCAGGUGUCCAAGGCCAUCGCCAUUCAUCCUCAGUUGCUUGGGUACAGCAUCGAGGCGAAAUUGAAACCCACUGUGGAGUGGCUGCAUGUAGUGGGUCUGAGCAAGGUCCAGGUGUCCAAGGCCAUCGCCACUCAUCCUCAGUUGCUUGGGUACAGCAUUGCGGCAAACUUGAAACCGACUGUGGAGUGGCUGCACGAAGUGGGUCUGAGCAAGGGCCAGGUGUCCAAGGUCCAGGUGUCCAGAGCCAUUGCAACCUUUCCUCAGCUGGUUGGGUUGAGCAUCCAAAAGAACCUGGUGCCAAAGUUGCCAGCCCCGAAGGUGGAGAUCACACCGGUGGAGACCGAGGACGUGGGAACCAAGAAGGUUAUCACCAAGCCUCCGCGGCUGCUUACUCAGGAUCCGGAGGACUGCGAGACACUGCUGUCGAAGGGAAAGUAUGACCUUUUGGUGGUGGGAUGCCCUUUAGAUCCACCAAAGAGCAAUAGCACUGCAGACGUUAUCGCGCAGCAGUCGGCAGUGGAUAAGUUCCUCUUCCUCUUGCUUCAGUCGAUGAUGAAGCAUGAGGGCUGCGUGCAGCGGUUGGCGGUGCUCACUCAUGACACCUUCACAGUGGAGGAAGCUGCGCACAAGCAGCGCGGUUUGAGCAUCGUGUCCGGAGCCACCAUCUUCGGCAUGAUGAACACCGCGCGGCAAGAGCUGGGCAUCCCCAUACAGGUCAACACCGUCCGGCAGUGCUGGCCCUACCCGAUCUAUCGGGGCAUCCGCCACGACCGCCCGCAUGGGCGCUUUGUCUACCGGCAGUUCCUGUCGCGGGAGUACGAGACGAAGGCCUCAAAGCCCUGGGCCGUGACCUUGGUCCUGGGCUUUUCUAAUGGGUCUAGGUUAGAAGCUGCCCCCACCCUGUAA